AUGGGUGGCGCAAUGUCCAUGCCUGGCUCCGGGCCUUCCGUGGAAGACGUCGUCGCGCUCGCGAAAGGAAAGUCUGUGCCGUAUGCGAUUCCUUUACCCGUGAACGAGAAAAACACGAAAGUAUACUUCGACUUAAAACUCUCCAACGAUCGCCAAUUCGAACGGUUAGGCCGCGUCGUCAUCGAGUUGAAAGAAGAUUCGUGCCCGAAAACCGCGGAGAAUUUUAAGCAGUUAUGCACCGGAGAGAAAGGGUUCGGGUACAGCGGAAGUCGAUUCCAUCGAGUGAUACCGAACUUUAUGUGCCAAGGCGGCGAUUUUACCAACGAUAACGGCACGGGAGGGAAAUCCAUCUACGGGAAAAACUUCCCGGACGAGAACUUUGAGUUACCGCACAACGGGCCGGGGAUUUUAAGCAUGGCGAACGCGGGACCGAACACGAACGGAUCGCAAUUUUUCUUGUGCACCGUCGCGACGCCGUUUCUGAACGGGAAACACACCGUCUUCGGACAAGUCGUCGAGGGAUACUCCGUGGUGAAAGCGUUAGAAUCCGUCGGGUCGCAAUCGGGUGCGCCUGCUUACGACGUGUUCAUCGAGAAGUGCGGCAUCGUCGCAUCUACAUCCUCGUCCUCGUCGAAUAAAGCGCGAAAAUCCAACAAAGUCUUAUCGACGCCAACCGUCCCGCGAAGAUCCUUUUCCUCCUUCGCGACGACGAUGAAAAGCAGCAGCAACAACAGAAGAGCGUUACAAAAAGCGGCGUUAGCGUCUUCCUCGAGAACUUUUCGCGUGGCUGCCGCGUGCGUUUCCGUAGUCGUUUAA